CUGUAUCUCUUAAAGAGAGUGAGCGAAGACUUUGCUCUUUAUUAGUAACUAUAUAAAUCUUUCUGUGAUUUAAUAAAUUGAAUUAUUUUUCCAGUUUUGCUCCGUUUUUCAACAUUUGUGAAUAAAUCAUGGAUUUAACAAAAGCCACUAUUAGCUCCAAAGAGGCUCCUAUCGAAACUGACCCAAAGAGAUUAAUUCCUUACCUAUGUAAUAAUUUCUAUCGCCUUGGCUGGGUCUCUGGUACCGGUGGAGGUAUGAGUAUCAAAAUAAGCAAUAAGAUUUACAUUGCUCCAUCAGGUGUUCAAAAGGAAAUGAUGCGACCAGAGGAUAUAUUUGUGAUUGACGCUGUAGGUGAAAUUAUCGAAAAGCCGCUAAACUGUAAUUUGUCAAUGAGUGAGUGUACACCAUUAUUUCUUAACGCUUAUCGAAUGCGAAAUGCUGGAGCCGUUAUACAUUCUCAUUCAAUCAACUCCAAUCUGGUUACUGUGAUAACACCUGGAACGGAGUUCAGAAUCACCAGACAAGAAAUGAUUAAAGGGAUAAGAAAAGGAUCCGCCUUAGUGUCUCAUAGAAACGAUGAAACCUUAAUCGUACCUAUAAUUGAAAAUACUUGCUAUGAGCGAGAGUUAACUGAAAAGAUGGCUGAUGCAAUUAGGAAAUAUCCUGAUACAAAUGCAGUUCUUGUUCGGAGACAUGGUGUCUAUGUUUGGGGCCCGUCUUGGCAAGGAGCGAAAACUAUGGCUGAAUGCUAUGAAUAUUUGUUUGAAAUCGCCGUAGAAAUGAGAAAGUUAAAUAUGCGUUAUGAUUAAAUGAUUUUAUCUCACUUCACCUUUUUAUGUCUUAAUCUGAUCCAGCAAUAGCGUAUACAAAUCACUAUGACCUAUGUCCUGUCAUCUAUGUGUACAUGUUUUUCAAUAAACGAAAAUUUUAUUUUAGGA